CCUGUCACGAUUCACGACCCAUCCCACUCUUGUCAAGCUUGGAAGUCAUUCCCAUGCUACUGCAGCAAUCCCAAUGCGAGGAUGCCUGCAAUUAGCCAGAUGGCUGAGCGCGGCUCCAAAUUGGCCUGCGUCCAGCCUUCUUAAGGCGCCCGGAUCUUCCUUCGCGACUCGUCUUUUCACCACCACUUCCUCCUACAAAGCAAAGGGACCGUCAAAGGUGCCAAUGACAGAUCUUGAAGCAAGGAUAUCUGCGAUUCCGAUUGAACGAUACCGCAACUUCUGUAUUGUCGCGCACGUUGAUCAUGGAAAGAGCACGCUCUCCGACCGACUUUUGGAGCUCACCGGCACGAUUAAACCGGGCAUGAACAAGCAGGUUUUGGACAAGCUCGAUGUCGAACGCGAACGAGGUAUUACAGUAAAGGCACAGACAUGUACCAUGAUAUACAACCAUAAGGGGGAGGACUAUCUCCUGCAUCUUGUUGAUACCCCGGGCCACGUCGACUUCCGCGCGGAGGUGUCGCGAAGUUAUGCAAGCUGUGGUGGAGCGCUGCUUCUGGUCGAUGCUAGUCAAGGUAUUCAAGCGCAGACUGUUGCAAACUUCUACCUCGCCUUUUCGCAAGGCCUGGAAUUGAUUCCCGUCAUCAACAAGGUGGAUCUCCCGUCAGCCGAACCGGAACGGGCUCUAGAACAAUUGGAACAGUCCUUUGAACUUGACACAGAGGAUGCAGUUCUGGUCUCAGCCAAGACUGGUUUGAAUGUUGAACAGCUGCUUCCUACGGUGGUAGAGAAGAUUCCCGCGCCGAUCGGCGACUGUAAGAGACCUCUCCGUAUGCUACUCGUUGAUUCUUGGUAUGAUUCCUACAAAGGCGUGAUAUGUUUGGUCCGUGUCUUCGACGGUGAGGUUCGGGCUGGCCAGCAAGUCGUUUCUUUCGCAACUGGCAUUAAGUACUACGUUGGCGAAGUUGGUAUCCAAUAUCCGCUUGAAACGCCGCAAACAGUUCUCCGUGCUGGCCAAGUUGGAUACAUCUUCUUUAAUCCGGGUAUGAAACGAAGCAAAGAGGCCAAGAUUGGUGAUACUUUCACAACAGUCGGGUCCGAGAAGGCCGUGCAGCCGCUGCCUGGUUUCGAGGAGCCGAAGGCAAUGGUCUUUGUCGCUGCAUAUCCCGUAGAUGCGGACCAUUUCGAACACUUGGAGGACAGUAUUAAUCAACUUGUUCUCAAUGACCGGAGUAUCACCGUGCAGAAAGAGUCUUCGGAAGCGCUCGGAGCCGGUUUCAGACUGGGAUUCUUGGGUACUUUGCACUGCUCGGUGUUCGAGGACCGUCUUCGUCAGGAGCAUGGGGCCAGUAUUAUCAUAACCCCACCGUCAGUUCCGGUCAAGGUUGUUUGGAAGGACGGGAAGGAAGACAUUAUCACAAACCCCAAUCGCUUCCCCGACGAGGACGACGUGCGCAUGAAGGUUGCGGAACUGCAAGAGCCGUACGUUAUGGCCACCCUGACCUUCCCGGAUGAAUAUCUGGGAACAGUCAUCGAACUUUGCGAAGCGAACCGCGGAGAGCAGAAAAGCCUUGAAUACUUCACCCCGACGCAAGUCAUUCUCAAGUAUGAACUGCCUUUAGCGCAGUUAGUCGACGAUUUCUUUGGCAAGCUCAAGGGAGGGACGAAAGGAUACGCAUCUCUGGACUACGAGGAGUCCGGCUGGAAGCCUAGUAACAUCGUCAAGCUGCAACUCCUUGUCAACAAAGCUCCGGUUGAUGCUGUCGCCCGGCUCGUACAUUACAGCCAGACCGACAGACUGGGAAGGCAAUGGGUGACCAAGUUCAAAGAGCACGUCGACCGACAGCUGUUUGAGAUUAUCAUCCAGGCUGCAGUGGGCAAAAAAAUCGUUGCGCGUGAGACUGUCAAGCCGUACCGAAAAGACGUGUUGGCGAAACUCCAUGCCAGCGAUGUCAGUAGACGAAGAAAGUUGCUGGAGAAGCAAAAAGAAGGUCGCAAGAGGCUUCGAGCCGUCGGAAAUGUGGUGAUUGAGCAUAAGGCUUUCCAAGCGUUCUUAGCAAAGUAGCGGCUUUAGCAGUGUACAAUAUAUAGAGACCCCAA